AUGGCGCCCGAAAAAGCCAAACCAGUUAAGAAAGCUGUCGAAGCAAUCAAGCCCUCUCCCCUCGCCACCAGGCAACAGACCUCUCUUGCAACCAAAGAAUCUAAUUCCAAUGAGCACCUCAUGCAAGCUCUCAAAGAAUUAUUCUUACCAAAAUUUGAUCUAAUCUCCUCUGAAAUUCAAACAGUCCAGUCCAACGUUCAGAACCGCUUUCAGGAUCUUGAAAACGCAGUUGACCAGAUUAACGAUUCCAUGACACAUUUGCAGGUAGAUCUCACCCAGAAACAAACCAACCUGGAACAACAACAACUACAACAGGUUCUGGCACGUGUCGAGCAAUUGGAACAGGAGAAAUCCAACCCAAUAAACACCUCAGCACCCUCUACAUUUCAGGAGGCAAUCACCACUGCGCACCAAUCAAGUUCCAGUGCUAACUCCUCGAACGACGCAUCCAGCUCCACCAUUCAGGCACGAGAUCACAUUAUCUCACCUCCAAGAAAUCCUAAACCACAGGCACCCGUUGACCCCUUAGCAGGAGGAUUGCGUUAUUUCACACCCGUUUCCAAGAAUCAAGGCUUCCAACAUCUAUUCAUCCCAGCACGCGGUCGCCGAGGUCUGUCGAGUAUACGACAGCUACUCUACGACAAAGUCUUCUUCAAGGAGGGAUCCGCUGUAGAUCUUCAUUUCCCCAACUCCUCCACCAUAGGCAUCCUUGUCCACAACGAUUAUGCCGACAUAGCUCUAAAAAAACUCCGUAUCAAAGGCCUUGAGCCAAUUACUGACUUUGAUCCCUACCAUUCAGACAAUCUUGGCAAUCCAGUCCUCCAGGCACUAUCCAUCGAAGAACGCACAGCCAAGAUGAAAGAGAUCGCGGAUAAACUGUACCACACCACCCUCGCAGGGCUCGAACACAAACCCAAAGUUCAACUGGCAGUCGCUCGUGAUUUUCUUCGUAAAAACAAGAUCACCAAGCAAGAUCUCCAAGACCUUAUCCAACUCCAAAAAUCCACCAACAGAGACAUUACCCCCAACACCUCAACUCAGCCCCCUAAAGGUGAUCUAUUCCGGCUUCUCGAGUCAGAAGAUGAUAUCAUGGAUGAGCCAGGACCUCACGCCGACAGUAAUGACAACAACAGCACUAGUAUGGAUGCCCCCGCAUUCUCAGUCCACCCUUCCUCUGCUGGUGGUGGUGAACCAGCCUCAGCUCUCUAA